GCAUCGAGCUGUUGCGCAGGAACUAAAAAUAUAAUCGACUGACGUGUGUUUGACAAGAAGUUACUCAAAAGAAGUAGAAAAAAGUUUAGUUAAGCAGUAUUUAUUUUAUUAAACGUAAUCAUUUGGUAAAGUCGUUAGCCAAAGAAGCACAACAAACAAGAAUUAAUUUAUUAUAUUAUUGAACAAGUUUAUAUAAAGUGGGCGUAUGAAACUAUUUAGUUAUGAAAUUUGUCGUCAAUAGAAAACUCUAAAUCAAAGUUUUGGGAGCAUACAUAUCUUUAUGCAGUUGUUGAAACUGCAAAGCAAAGAAUAUUUAGAAAGUGGCAGCAUACACGUAGCACUUAUACAUUAUAUCUGGAGAUUAAAUACAUUUAACAACAACUACAGGUGGAAGCUAAAUUAGAGUUAGGCCACAACAAUGGUAGUGCCGCUGAAUGAUAUGCUACCUUUCGCUACCGGAGAAAGAAAGCUGGCAGCUUGUGUUUUGUUGUUGUUAUUAGAACUAUUUCUAGAAGGUGCAGACGCUGUGCCAAAUCAAGCUGACAUUGAAAACCAUCUGGAGCUUGGUAAAGAAUUUUUAGCGAGAGGCCAGCUGGCCGAUGCGCUAACACAUUAUCACGCAGCUGUAGAGGGCGAUCCAAACAACUAUUUGACGCUAUUCAAAAGGGGCACCGUUUACCUGGCGCUUGGCAAGGCCCGUUUCGCCAUACAAGAUUUCACACGGGUGUUGGAAUUGAAGCCUGAUUUUGCAGCUGCUCGGAUUCAGCGUGGUAUUGUGCAUUUAAAAAGUGGAGAAUAUGAACAAGCCAGCGAAGACUUCGAACAUGUGCUGCAAGAAGAUCCUUAUAAUGAGAGUGUCAAUGAGCAUUUUCGACGGAUUGAGGCUGCUAUUGAGCAGUGGGAAAUUGUGAAGGAUCUUAGGUAUAGGGGCGAUUCGCGUAAUAUCAUUCCAAUGAUUACACAAUUACUCGAAAUCUCUCCAUGGUCCAUUGAGUUCCGUCAAGCACGCGCUGACGCUUACAUUGCCAUAGAUGAACUACCAUCUGCCAUAUCCGAUCUCCGUUCAGUGAACAAACUCUCACAAGACAGCACAGAAGGUUAUUAUAACAUUGCAUUGUUAUUAUACAAAAUGGGUCAAGCUACAAAUGCGUUGAAAGAGAUACGUGAAUGUUUACAUCUUGAUCCAGAACAUAAAGACUGCUUCCCCUUCUAUAAGAAGCUUAGAAAAGUAGAAAAAAGUUUGGCAAAUGCGGAGAGUUCUCGCGAGGAGAAACAAUAUGCAGAUUGUAUUAAUUCUGCUGAGUCUGUGCUAAAGCAGGAGAAGAACGAAAAAAUGGUCAUAUACGAGGCUAAGCGACUUCUCUGCACGUGUUAUACAAGAGACGAACAGUUUGCCAAAGCUUUAAGUUAUUGUAAAGAAGCGCUCGAUGUAUUGAAAGACCCGCAAUUAUAUUGUGAACGCGCAGACGCCUAUAUUGGGUCAGAAAUGUACGACGAUGCGGUCCAUGAUUACCAAAGAGCAUUGGAAAUGGACGAAAGUCUACAACGUGCUAAGGAGGGUAUUGAAAAAGCGAAAAGACUGCAAAAACAAGCGGAACGACGGGAUUAUUACAAAAUUCUCGGCGUUAAACGAACCGCUAACAAGCAAGAAAUUAUCAAGGCGUACCGAAAAGCGGCACAAAAAUGGCAUCCCGAUAACUUCAAAGAUGAUGAGAAGAAGAUCGCUGAAAAGAAGUUUAUUGAUAUCGCGGCGGCCAAAGAAGUGCUGACUGAUCCUGAGAAACGGAAACAAUUCGACAUGGGUCAAGAUCCUCUUGAUCCCGAGGCAAACCAACAGCAAGGAGGUUUCCGCGGCGGCAGUCCAUUUGCGCACUUCCAUCACGGGUCACCGUUCCAAUUCAAAUUCCACUUCAACUAGACGUACCAUAAUUCUCAGGCAAAAGUUACGAGUAAAAAACAUUAGCACAUACCUAGCCUUAGUCGGUUUGUUGUUAGGUCUAUUUUAUUUAAUUAAUAAUAAUAUUAAGUCUGUGUGAAGAACAUGCGUUGAUGUUGCCAUGUGAUCAUACGAGUAGUGCAUGUACUCUCGAUUGUGGAUAUAUAUAUUUUAUUUUCUUAAUUUAAUGCAUAGCAGUUUGCAAAAUUGAAAAUCGAUAUGGUUUUGUACAAUAUUUGUAAAGUUAGCUGUAAACUCUUCACGCUGUAAUACACUAAACGCUCAAAGAAUUUUACGGGUACACAAAAGCUUUUCCAUAACAGUGUCACGCCGCUUAAACUAAAUUUAAUAAUAUCUAAAUUUCUACUCUAAUUUCAAUUUGUAAAUAGUAGGCUAAAUAAUGAACUUUCUCUCCUAUUUUUUAUGUUAAAAAGAAAAUAUGUAUUUAUACAAUUAACAAUUAAAUUGGAUAUUUAUAUAAAAUCAAAAGCAUUUUAAGGUUAUGAAAAUAAAAUGAAGAAUGUUUAUUACAUAAUAAAACAAAUUUAUAACUUUGAACAGUUAAACAUUUAUA